AUCUCUCCGCUUUAAGUAUACGUGGUGACUUGUAUAUAUCGGUUUGUUGUCGAAUGCGACUGUUCUCAUAUUUCGGCUCUAACUUUUAUUAUUUCAAAAAUUGAAUAAAACAAAUCCGUUCUUUUACAAUACUUAAAAAUGACAACGCUCAGGCCUUUUACAUGCAACGAUUUGUUCAGAUUCAACAACGUGAAUUUGGAUCCGCUCACAGAAACUUAUGGACUUUCGUUUUACAUGCAUUAUCUUGCACAUUGGCCAGAAUAUAUUCAGGUAGCAGAAUCUCCAAGCGGUGAAAUUAUGGGCUACAUCAUGGGAAAGGCGGAAGGUCACGGAGAAAAUUGGCAUGGUCAUGUAACAGCUCUUACAGUCUCUCCUGACUACAGAAGAUUGGGCCUUGCUGCGAUGCUAAUGAAGUUCCUUGAGGAAGUAUCAGAAAAGAAACAGGCAUAUUUCGUGGAUCUUUUUGUUAGGGUGAGUAAUAAAGUUGCAAUUACAAUGUAUCAACAAUUAGGAUACAUUGUGUACAGAACAGUAUUGGAAUACUAUAAUGGGGACCCGGAUGAAGAUGCAUAUGAUAUGAGGAAAGCACUGUCAAGAGAUGUAAACAAGAAAUCUAUGAUUCCAUUAACACAUCCUGUGAGACCAGAAGAGGUAGAUUGAAAUGUUAAUAAAAUCUAAUAUAUAAUACAGGAUGAAUAUCGUAUCGUUCAAAUUUCUUGUCUCUCAUAAUUGUGCGAAACAGGAGAUAAACCAAAAGGUAAAUUACACAAGACAUUUCUGUGCAGAAAUUAUUAUAAAUUGAGAAAUAUAUGCCACGAGAAUUUUUAUGAUUUUUCUUAUUUAUGUAAAUGUUUCUCAUAUACAUUCUAAGAUUAUCAAUAAAAGUCCCUUGAUAGAGAU